AUGAAGUUCAAUCUCGCCAUCGCCGGAGCAGUGCUCCCUUCCCUCGCCCUUGGUUUUCCCCAGAUGAUGGGUGGUACAAGGGAGGAGAUGCUCGACAUGCUCAAGGAGAGAGCUGAGCUGGAAAAGAGAGAGCCCGAUCUCGUCUCUGGUCUCCUCAACACUGUUGGUGGUCUUGUCAAGACUGUCGUCAGCGAUGUUGAUGGCAUUCUUGGUUCAGUUGCUGGUGGUCUUCUUAACCCCAACGACAAACGCCCUGAGCCUGGCUACACCUUCCAAGCACCUGGUGCUGGUGACAGCCGUGGUCCUUGCCCCGGUCUCAACCUUCUCGCCAACUACGGCUACCUUCCCAGAAACGGAUAUGUCAACUUCGGCCAAAUCCUUGAUGCCACCGCACGUGGUUUCAACAUGGGCACCGACCUUGCCACGGUCCUGGGUGUCUUCUCCGUCCUUGCCAACGGUGACCUCGCAACCGAGUCCUUCUACCUCGGUGCUGGCCCUGGUAACGUUGGUGGCUUGAACCGUCACUCUACCGCUGAGGCUGAUAUCUCGCCUAACCGCGAGGACUACUACAACGGAUGUGGUGACAACCACCACCUUUCUUCCUACAGAUUCAAGCAGAACGUUGCUCUUGCCAAGGCUGGUAGCGGCAAGUUUGACAUGCAGGUCAUGGCUCAGCAGUACGCCUUGAACGCCGACUUCAGCAAGAAGAACAACCCCUUCCUCUACGCCUUCCCCUUCCCUCAGAUUGUUUCAGUCGCUGCCUUCUCCUUCUACCCCUCGUUCUUCAGCAACGGCACCUUUGGCGCCGGUGGUGUUCCCAACUACGAGUCGGUUUCCUCCAUCAUUGGUGCUCAACUCGACAAGACCACCGGCGAGUUCAAGUACGUCCCCGAGAAGUGGCCCGAGAACUGGUACCGCCGUAGCUACCCCUACGGUGCCGUCCAGGCUCUCACCGACGGCUUCACCCAGAUCUACCCCUCCAACAUUGUUGUCCCUGGGGUCGCUCAGCUCGGCACUGCCAACUUCAACGUCACCAACGUUCUCUGUGAUGUCUUCCAGGGUAUUCGCUCCAUCACUCCUUUGAUCAUCGCCGGAACUGAGAAGGAUGCUGCUACCGCCAUCAGCUGGGCCCUCGGAAAGCUCGACCCCGUCCUGGGUAUUGGUGCUCUCGGCUGCCCCUCUUCCGUCCUCUCCCCCGACAAGACCGACAUCCUCUUCCCCAGCGCCAGCCAGACCGGUGGUCCCAUCAACUCACCUUCUGUCCAGGCUUCCAAGGCUGGCAACAAUGUCUACAACAAGGUCUACUUCACGACCAAGCCCACUUCCCCUGCCUGCUCUUAA